CGUAGCAUACCAAUGAAAUAACCGCCAAUAUGUACUAUUUGAACAGCAGUGAAUAAAACAGCUUAGUUUAUUAUUUCAAGGGUGGUAAAUAUUCAUACCAAUGAAUCAGGAGAAAAAAUUAUAUGCUGGUUCUAGUGGUACAUAUAUCUGUCAUUGUUAUUUAAAGGGUUCGUCGGAUUAGACUUUUAUAUAAGCAUAUAGACAUUUUUGUAGAUCGUGUUUGUACUUAGGUUCGUUGUAAUUUUCUGCGAUUCUUAGUGCACAAUCAGAAUUAGGAUUUAGGUUCCUGGCUAUUCAGUGAAAUUAUUGCCAUUAUAAUCUGUUUUUAUUUGUGUGGGCGUGCGAACGAUUAAUAAAGCCGUCUCGUCAAAACAUCGAUUUUGUGUUGCUGACUCCCACUCUGCGAUGUGCGUGACAUACGAGAUGCGUUGCCCCUGGGUGUAGGAGUAACUGAAGGAAAGUAAAGCCAGUGCACAUCACAGACGUCAGUACAACUGGUGUUCAGUUAUCAGCGGGAAGUGAUGGCUACGCAAGAUGAGGUUGGAAUUGGUGAUUUCGUCCUUUUGGACGAAAUCACCAUGGAAACUUUUAUGGAAAACCUUAAAAGAAGGUUUCAAGGUGGAAAGAUAUACAGCUAUAUAGGAGAAGUGUGCGUUUCUGUCAAUCCAUACCGAACUAUGAAUAUUUAUGGGCAAGAAUAUAUCACUCAGUAUAAAGGAAGAGAAUUCUUUGAAAAUCCACCCCAUAUAUUUGCAAUAGCAGAUGCAGCUCAUAAAGAAAUGAAGCAACAGGGACGUGAUACAUGUAUAGUUAUUAGUGGUGAGUCAGGGAGUGGAAAGACAGAAGCCUCAAAAAUAAUAAUGAAGUAUAUAGCUGCAGUGACCAAUUUAGGUGGUCGGCAGGAAGUUGAGAGAGUGAAAAAUGUUCUUCUCCAGUCAAAUGCAAUUCUUGAAGCAUUUGGAAAUGCAAAAACAAAUAGGAAUGACAAUUCCUCCAGGUUUGGAAAGUACAUGGACAUAAACUUUGAUUUCAAAGGAGAUCCAGUGGGAGGCCACAUUAAUAAUUACUUAUUAGAAAAGUCAAGAGUAAUUUUACAACAGAAAGGAGAAAGAAAUUUUCAUAGUUUUUACCAGUUGCUUGGUGGUGCAAGUGAACCAGAGCUUAAGGAAUUCCAGCUCAGUCGUGACCCCGGAAACUAUUUUUACACUCGACAAGGAAAUGCUUCAAAAGUAGAGGCAAUCAGUGAUAGGUCAGAUUACAAAGCAACUGGUGGAGCAUUCAAAACAUUGGGGUUUUCCAGUGCUGAAACAGAUACAGUCUGGAAAAUUGUGGCAGCAAUUCUUCACUUGGGUAAUGUGGAAUUUACUUCACAAGAUGACAUUGCUCGGCCAGUAGACCAAGGAGCAGUAAGCCGUGUAGCAUCUAUGCUUAGUGUGGUACCAGCUGAGCUGACUAAGGCACUAAGCGAAAGGGUUAUAGCAGCUCGUGGGGAAGUCAUGCAGAAGACCCACAACCAGUCAGAAGCUGAAUAUGGCAGAGAUGCAUUAGCCAAAGCUGUGUAUGAUAGAUUAUUCACAUGGAUUGUGGGAAAAAUAAAUGAGACACUUGGUAGUGGUGAUCUUCAGAUGAAGAAAUCAUACAUGGGUACAGUGAUCGGUGUGCUAGACAUAUAUGGAUUUGAAAUAUUUGAUACAAACAGUUUUGAACAGUUUUGUAUUAAUUAUUGUAAUGAGAAGUUACAGCAACUCUUUAUUGAACUUGUUCUUAAGCAGGAACAAGAAGAGUACUGUCGUGAAGGAAUUGAGUGGAAGAACAUAGAGUACUUUAAUAAUCAAAUCAUCUGUGACCUAGUGGAGCAACCACACAAAGGUGUUUUAGCAAUAUUAGAUGAGGCUUGCCUGACUGUUGGAAAGAUUACAGAUGAGAUGCUGCUGGAAGCUAUGGAUGAAAAACUGUCUAACCAUGAACAUUUCACAAGUCGCCAGCUAAAUCCAAUGGACAAGGAACUAAAGCAUAAAGUAGAGUUUCGCAUUAGGCACUAUGCAGGAGAUGUGGUGUAUAACAUCAUUGGUUUUCUUGACAAGAACAAAGAUACUUUGUUUCAAGAUUUCAAGCGACUUCUUUUCAACUCAUCGAAUAAGUUAAUUAGCAGCAUGUGGCCUGAAGGUGCAAUGGAUAUAACAAAGACAACCAAAAGGCCACUGACAGCAGGGACCUUGUUCAAAAACUCCAUGAUUGCUUUAGUGAAGACUCUGAAGAGCAAGGAACCAUUCUAUGUCCGAUGCAUUAAGCCAAAUGAUGUGAAAUCUGCUAGUGUAUUUGACUCUGAGCGAGUGGAACACCAAGUGCGAUACCUCGGGCUCUUGGAAAAUUGCAGAGUGCGCAGAGCAGGAUUCGCGCAUCGCCAGAGUUACACAAAGUUUCUUAAACGGUAUAAGAUGAUAUCACAUUAUACAUGGCCUAACUUCAGAGCUGGCACUGACAAAGAGGGGACACGAAUGCUCAUUGAUGAAAAGGGAUUUUCACAUGAUGUCAAAUAUGGGCACACAAAAAUAUUUAUUCGUUCACCCAGAACACUUUUUGCUUUGGAACAGGCAAGAAACCAGCUAAUUCCGGGCAUUGUUAUCCUGCUUCAGAAACUGUGGCGUGGCACAAUAUGUAGGAUUCGUUACAGGAAGAUGAAAGCAGCACUGUGCAUAUUUAGGCACUACCGAAAGUACAAGAUCAGGAGCUACAUGAUCCAGUUGCAGACUGCCUUCAUGCAUGUAAAAUCACUGCGGGAUUAUGGAAAAUCUGUUAUAUGGCCAUCACCACCCGUGGCUGUACGCCCUCUAGUGCCCCUUCUGAAAAAUAUUUACAGUCGUUGGAGAGCAUGGAUGAUCCUAAGGCCAAUUCCAAGAGAUGAAUGGCCACAGCUGAAGCUCAAGAUUAUAGCUGCAUCAGCACUGCGAGGGAAGCGUGCACACUGGGGGCAAACACGCAAGUGGGAAGGCAAUUAUCUUGCCCAGAGUAGUGAAAACCAGAAUGCCAAUCUUUUCAUGACAAGUGUUAAUAGCCUUCGUUCGUCAGACAGGUUCCAGAAGGUCCUAUUCUCAUCAUUCAUUCGCAAGACAAACAGGUUCAGCAAAUGUGCUGACAGAGCUUUGCUCGUAACUGAGAAUAUGCUGUACAAACUGGAAACAAAUAAGUUCAAACCAAUGCGAAAGGGCUCUUCAAUUUCAGAGGUAACUGGCCUGAGUGUUAGUCCUGGACGGGACCAGCUAAUAGUAAUACACUCCAACAAAGGCAAUGACCUUGUGGUGUCUUUACAGGCAAAUGAAGAUCGAAUUGGAGAACUGGUUGCCAUUCUAUGUUCUCGUUACCAUGAGUUCCGCGGCAGUGAUCUGCCGGUUACAGUCAGCAGUAGCUUCCAAUGUAUGCUGGGCAACAAGAGCCUUCCUGUAAGGGUCGAAGUAUCUGCAGAUUCACAAGCAGCAGAUUUCAGGCGUGAUGGCAGUGCUAUUGUUUACACCUUACCAUCCAGUUAUGCAUUAAUCAUGGAAAAUGGACAACAACAGAAGAUUGCAGCAUGAUAAUGACAGAUGAAAUUGGAGCAUGGAGGGUUAACUUGUAACGAAAGUUUUGAUGCUUGGCACUCCACAGCAUCAAUGUACCUUCAAGCUACAAAUAAAUUAUUUAUUGUGCAACUGGUGUUUGAAACUAGGCAUCAUCAGCAAUCUUACACUGACACUAAUCACAUCCGAGUGUAUAUUUGUCAGCAACUAUCAGUUUUUCUUUUCUGGAGAAACACUAAAAGUAGUUACCUAAUACAUGUUAUGCCAACAUAGAUGUGAUUAGUGGCAGUUUAGGUUCCUGAAGAUAAGUUGGUCCCAAACACUGGACAAGCAAUAAAUAAUUUGUAUACAGUUUAAGUUUUGUUAAAAAAGGCUUUUAUGAAGAUAAAUUGUAUAAAGAAUACUUUUUAUAUAAGAUGAUUGUUAAUGUAUUGGCUGCGGUUAGUAUUCUCAGCUGGAGAAAUUUUCUUACUGCAAAGUUUGUUUCCCCUUUGCAGAACAAAGAUGUUGAACAGUAUGAUUUGUUAUUUAAAAGUGUUGUAGUAAAGUUGGGUAUUUUACAGUAGCUACCAGCUAUCUUAAAUUAAUCCUGUUAAAUAAUUACACAAUCAGUAGCUACCAGCUGACAAUCUUAAAUUAAUCUUGUUAAAAAGUUACACAAUACAUUUUGGGUGAGAAACUUGAGCCUUUCCUUUCAUAUUUAUGUCAUAAAAUUAUUUCUGUGGCUUGUUACGUUGUACAUCCUUCAUAUAUUUUGUGUGUGUGUGUGUGUGUGUUGUGUUUUCUUACUUCACUUUAAGUAUCGCUGGGGACUGAAGCAAAGUGCAAUAAUGUAGUUAAAUUUUUGUAUGACUUUGAUUUCAAAAGAAAGUUGUGGGAUGAAGGGCAGCCUGGUUGAUUACUGAUCAAUGAAAGCCAAAUUUAAUGUACAGUAUUUUAGAAAGUCACAUUUUUGUAUGUGCUAAUUUACAUUUUGAACUGUAUUUAAUAACUUGAUGUAGCACCAUUAAGAAGCAAGAUGAUGUAUUUGUAGAAUUUUCAGUCAUUGCUAUAGAAAUGAAUGAGCUCCUGUGAGAUGUAUUUAUUCAUAAUGAUAAUGUGCCAUGGCAUUUUUGCUAUUUUCAAAGAUCAGUAACUAUUGAACUGAUGAACUGCAGUUUGUAAUAAAUAUUUCAUAACCUAGCCCUUCCUCCCCAUAGAGAGCUGUGGACAACUUAAUGUGUCAUCAUUUAACAGUUCACUAAUUGAUAUAGGCUAAUAUUUAUCCCCAGGAAUUGUUUAAUUGUGCAAAUAUUUAGCGAUCCAUCACCCCUCCCCUCGUCCCCGGCCCCUGCCCUCCUCAAGGAUUCUCUCUCUCUCUUCCCCUCUCCCUCUCUCUCUCUCUUCCCCUCUCCCUCUCUCUCUCUCUUCCCCUCUCCCUCUCUCUCUCUCUCUUCCCCUCUCCCUCUCUCUCUUCCCCUCUCCCUCUCUCUCUCUCUUCCCCUCUCCCUCUCUCUCUCUCUUCCCCCCCCCUCUCUCUCUCUCUUCCCCCCCCCCCCCCCUCUCUCUCUCUCUCUCUCUCUCUCUCUCUCUCUCUCUCUCUCCAUCUCCAUCUCCAUCUCAAUCUUUUCUCACAUCCUUUUUUUAACUGUACUCACUAUCUAUUCUCAGCUGCUAUAAAAGGAAAGUUAUACAGUUAUAUAGUUGCAUUUUAGAUUAUUUUAAUUUUUUUGUAUAACUUCUGUGUAUUGAGUAAUUGAGCUUUUGCAUAUGUCUUGCAGUAAUACAAUAAAAGUUAUUUCAAAUUGAUGAAAAUAUUUUAAGAGAAUAUAUUUUUAUUGUAAAAUUUAGAAAAUGUUUUAUAUUAAAUGCUGUUAUAGAAAUGGUAUGCUUAACAUUUUUGAAAUUGAUGUUACACUAGAAGUGAAACGUGUGACACAUUAUAUUAUAACAACAGCUCAGUUUUUAUGAGGCUGACAUUAUAUUUUUAUUUUAUUCAUCAGUAAUGUGUAUUCUUAAUUGUAAGAGCAGAAAUAGGAACAGAACAUUGUGAAAUGGUGCUAAACAGGAAAGACUAAUGUAAGUAAAUUUUAAAAAAGUACAAAUUGCACAUAAUUUCACUUGAAGUGCCUUGGAAAUGCUUUCCUAUGAUGUGAUAUUUUUAAUUUUUCUUGUAUAAAUUAUAGCAUUAAACAGUGUUAUUCAAACUGUAAAUAUGUAAUUCAUAGUAUUAAAUUUGUUCCUCUGUGAUGUUGCCACACUAAUUUUUCUUAUCCACAGUAGAAUGACACAAGAAAUCAGUUUCUGAAAUUAUUACAUAUGAAUGUCUCGCCUCUUCUCUGUUUUAAGUAUCUGAGCAUAGAAUUAUAACAUGUGGUUGGUGAUUUUUUCUGUGAAUAUAUUCAAACAAUGCUGUUUUACUGCAGUAUUCUGAUGCCCUGAUUUAACUGGCGGUCUUAAAAAACAUUAUGGUAUAAAUUAUAUUGCUCAUCAUGAAUUUUUCUGUACAUUCUCACAUAACAGAAUAACAGUUGCUUUGUUCCCUACAAUGCAUCUAGUUCUGUAGUUUGUCUCCAUUUUCUGUGCCUGUUUUAUUUAUGAAGAUACAGUAAUCCAUUUUAUAUUUACCUGUGCUGAUAAUAUAUUCUUGAAUCCUUAGUUCCAUGCUUUGCAAUGGUUAUCAGCAUUUGAACACUGGCUGGAAUAAAAUUCUGAAGUUGAUGGAAUGGUUAAUUCAUUUGAAUGUUUAAUUAGUAACAGAGUUUCUUACAGAUUUUACAGUCAGGCAUUUAAAUUUGUAUGAAUGUUUCACAUAAAAAAUAAUGUCUCAUGGUGUCCCAUAUGCCUUCAUGAUGAAUGCUUAAUUUCCAGUAACUACUGAUGUUCUCUGACCUGCGUGACCUGGAAGUGACCACAUUGUAGCUUAACUGUUGGUGUGCACAUAUAAUUUGCAGUUACAACAUUGAAAGACAUUUUCUACCACCUAUUUUGAAACAUAAAUAAAAAAAUAAAGUUAUUUUGGUCUUUUAAAGUAAUGUAAUUGGGCUUCUUGCAGAAAAUUUUGCAUAAGCUGAUAUUUAAUGCAUUUACAGUGUCCAUAUUUAAGUUUUCAAUACUUUUUGGUUGUAAUUUUGUGCAGCCAAGAAAUGUACUUAAUGUAUGAUAUGUUAAAUGAGCUAAUGUUGUUACCAAUGUAUUAUUGUAGUUGUUAUGAGUUUCAGUGAUUGUGUUCAGUUGUGCCAUUAUGAAAGUAAAGAUUUAAAUUCUGGAUGAGUGCUUCAUGUCUUCAAUUACUCUGUUUUGAUUAACAGUUGACUCUCUAAUAUGUGAGACUGGGGAAAAUAAUUCCCAUUUUAUGACAUUUUUUGAUGGUGGAGGUCAUUUUCCAUAUGGGAAUACAGUAUUAACAGUUAUAUAGCACACCCUUGUGUGAUUGUUGUGCCAUAACAUCACAAAAAAUUGCUAGAAAAUGGUAUGAAAUACAUAUUCAUUGUUUCAAUACUAUGAAAUUAAUUAAUGUAAGAAUUGAAUGUUUUAUAGAAUGAUCUAGAAUGAUAUUGUGACCAAAUAAAAUAGAAAAAAUAUAUUCUUUAUUAGUGGUGACAGACUGAAAGAAAAAUAAAUUUUUGGUAAUAAUGCCUAUGGAGCUCUGCUUCCUUCAUGUCAUUUAUUUUUUGUUGGGCAGAAGAACUGAUAGUUCCAAAUGUUACUAUAUCUGACAGACUAUAUUUUGUGAGUGGAUCUGCUGAUAUGUGAUGAGUAUACAUUAUUCCAUUUUUAUUUGCUCAUAGUAUUUGUUUAGAGAUGUAGAAUUCACAGCCAGUAUUUUUAAAACUGUCAGUAUUUAUUAACAGUGUGUUUCAUCAAAGAGUGAUAUUCUGGAAGAUCCUCAAUAAAUGAGUCCUUAAAGAAAAAAAUGUUAACUUUGUAAGUUAAAGAAAUAUUACUACAAGAAACAAAUUUUAUGUACAUCAGUAUUUAUAUUGUAUUUAAAAAUAGUGGGUGUUAAAAUUCAAAAUUUGUUUAUGGUUGUGGCUCUUGUGAUGCGUUCCCUAGCUGCACUGUGUGCACCACAUUUUAAUGAAAGAUACGUGCUACUGGUGCUCUUUGCACAGAAAAGUAUAAGAACAGAGUAAACUGUAACAGGAGACAAUUGGAAAUAAAAAUUAUGAUUAUGAGGCA